AUGAGCAACGCGGACUUCUUGGGCCGCGCCAUCGACACGGUGAAGAAGGCGAUUGAGACGGACACGGCAGGCGAAUAUGAGAAGGCAUAUCAGCUAUACUACAGUGCUCUUGAGUUGUUCAUGCUCGCCCUGAAAUGGGAGAAGAACCAAAAGUCAAAGGAGAUGAUACGAGGCAAGGUCGCAGAAUACAUGGAGCGCGCCGAAAAGCUUAAGACACACUUGAAUCAGAACGAUGAUGCGAACCGCAAGAAACCCUCCGCCAUGGGCGCAAACGGCAAAGCAGCCGGAGGCAGUGGCAAGGGCGGCAAAGAUGACGAAGAAGAAGAACAAGACGCCGAUUCGAAGAAGCUCCGCGGCGCACUCGCGGGCGCCAUCCUUACCGAGAAGCCCAACAUUCGAUGGGAAGACGUCGCAGGUUUGGAGGGCGCAAAAGAAUCGCUGAAAGAAGCCGUCAUAUUACCCAUCAAAUUCCCACAUCUCUUCACCGGCAAGCGACAACCCUGGAAAGGCAUAUUACUCUAUGGGCCGCCCGGUACGGGUAAGAGUUAUUUGGCCAAAGCGGUCGCUACGGAGGCGAAUAGCACCUUCUUCAGCGUGUCGAGUUCGGAUCUGGUCAGCAAGUGGAUGGGAGAGUCAGAACGAUUGGUAAAACAGCUCUUCAAUAUGGCCCGCGAAAACAAGCCUUCCAUCAUCUUCAUCGACGAAAUCGACGCCUUGUGCGGCCCCCGCGGCGAAGGCGAAUCCGAAGCUUCUCGGCGCAUCAAAACCGAACUUUUGGUUCAAAUGGACGGUGUGGGCAAAGACUCGCGUGGCGUCCUCAUCCUCGGCGCAACAAACAUUCCCUGGCAGCUCGACGCCGCCAUCCGCCGCCGCUUCCAGCGCAGAGUCCACAUCAGUCUGCCCGAUCUGCCCGCACGCAUGAAGAUGUUUGAGUUGGCGGUGGGUGCCACGCCUUGCGAGCUGACGCAAGCGGAUUUGAGGAAACUGGGAGAGCUGAGUGAGGGAUACUCCGGAAGUGACAUUAGUAUUGCGGUGCAGGAUGCGCUGAUGCAGCCUGUGCGGUUGAUCCAGACCGCGACGCAUUAUAAGCCUGCUGGCGUUGUCGACGGCCAACAGCAAUGGACGCCUUGCUCGCCGGGCGACCCUGAGGCAAAGGAAAUGUCCUGGACCGACCUCGAUGGCGCGCAGCUUGCCGAGCCGCCGCUCCGCGUAAAGGACUUCGUCAAGGCGAUCAAGGCAUCGAGGCCGACGGUCAGUAAAGAAGAUCUAAAUCGCAAUUCCGAGUGGACGAAGGAGUUUGGAAGUGAAGGUGCAUAG